AUGGGUGCCUGUCUUGGCAAAUCCGAAGAAGCAGACAAUGGGCCAUCUGGAUUCGAGGUCGGAGGGGAUUCCAAAAAGAAUGCACAAUCAGUACAUUCAGUCAUCCUUCGCCAUCGGAAUAUCGAUGUCUACAAAAAGUACGAAACAAAAGAAGUUCUGGGUCAGGGUUCAAUGGGAUCUGUUUCGAGAGUUCAAGUCAGGGAGGGUCAAGAAGGUGGUUCAGCAUUCAAUCCAAAAGUCAAGAAGGGAAUGACAAGGCAGUCAUCGAAUGUUAGCUUGUCUGAAAGGAGGGCUCACAAAGUGGAUUAUGCUCUCAAGCAAAUCCAGCUGGAUAAGGUCUCCUCUGCCUUUCUAGAGGAGUUGCACAAUGAAAUUGAUAUUUUGAAGGCCAUGGAUCACCCAAACAUUGUGAAGGCACAUGAGGUUUACAAUCACAAAAAGCAAAUUUACAUUAUUCUUGAACUUUGCGAUGGCGGAGAUCUUUACACUCGACUACCCUACAGUGAAAUGGAAGCCGGAUACAUCUCUGGCAAGCUGUUGUCAGCUAUCAAGUAUAUGCAUGACCAUGGAAUUGUUCACAGAGAUUUAAAAUUUGAAAAUAUUAUUUUCGAAAGUCCACAUCCAAAAGCAGAAAUCAAGGUAAUUGACUUCGGAUUGAGUAAAAAGUUUGGGAAUCAGGCUACCGGAGUCAUGCACGAAGGUGUUGGGACCUUAUACUCUAUGAGUCCGCAAGUUCUACAGGGAGUUUACACUUCCCAGGCCGAUCUUUGGAGUGCUGGUGUCAUCAUCUACAUGUUGCUCUCAUCGCAUCGUCCGUUUUACAGCAAGAAGCGGAAGGUGAUGAUUGACAAGAUCAUGCGUUGCGACUACAACUUUAACAAAAGCUACUGGGAUCCCAUAUCCAACGAAGCCAAGGAUAUGAUUGACAACCUUCUGGUGAUAGAUCCUAAGAAGCGCAUGGAUGCGACAAAGGCAUUAAAACAUGUUUGGCUUUCUAAAGAAUUCAAGUUGUCAGACCGCAAACCUGAUCAGACAACUGCAGACGCAGUUCAGGGCAACCUGAUGAAUUAUAAGGAUGUUCACGCAUUGAAGAAAAUUGCGCUCAAUGUAAUUGCACACAAAUCAAGUACCGAUGACAUUUUGGAACUACGAAAGUGCUUCGAUCAGUAUGAUGUUGCAAACAACGGAACAAUCUCAUAUGACGAGUUCAUGACAGCGCUCAAGGAGAAAAAUUACCCCGAAGAAAGGGUGAAGGAAAUUUUCAACAGCAUGGAUGUUAACAAAAACGGCGUAAUCAUGUACACCGAAUUCAUUGCAGCUACACUCGAGGCUCAAGGACAUAUCGAAGAAGAGCGCAUAGCUGAAGCUUUUGACAGAUUGGAUUCUGAUGACUCAGGUUUCAUUUCUCGACAAAACCUUACGGAAUUUCUUGGUCAUGAGGCCACUAGUCAAGAUAUUCAAGAUUUGAUCAAUGAAAUUGACAAGGAUGGUGAUGGAGAAAUUUCAUAUGCCGAAUUCCUUAGCAUGUUCCGUCAGAAUCGAACCAAUCUCUUUGAUAUAAUUGAACCUGCGGAAUCAGUUUACAGUGAAGACGGCCUCCUUGGCCUCGAUGCCAAAAUCCCCGGUGGAAAAUUUGAUUCUUCUAGAUCUGGCGCCUAA